AUGACAAAGACCAAAACAUUUGCAACUGUAUCAAACUUGCCUCUAGAAGUUCAAACCAAGAUUUUUUUCGAGGUCAGCGGGACUCAACUUGUAUCGGUUUUCGGAGUCCUCCCAACCUCCUCCUCCGCUCAAUAUAAAAGCGUCGGUACCCUUUCAUUCAUUCAUUACACUCACUACUACUUAUUUAAUCAUUGUGAUGAUGUUUGCUCUGGAAUUUGCAGCAACCCAACUCAACUCUACGAUCCAGUAGUCAAUGCCAAGUGUGCUGCCAAGGUUUUGGCCGCUCAAGGCUACAAUACUUGGGACCUUUGUGAUCUCCUCAAGACCAAUUAA